UAUACCAUAACUCAAUUCAUUCGGUACCAGAUCGAACCCACGAGAUCUACGCCUAGUAUAUUUCUUUUCGAUCAGAAAACUAAUACUUUUCGCUGUUCCUCGUUUGACAAAUUCAUGUUAUAGUAGGAAAGAAAAAGAAUGGAUAUUUUAUACUGGGGUUCAUACCAAGCACUGAGUCACGGUGUCAUAAUUACGUGACAUGCAAUCGCGAUUACCGUUUGAAAGACUGGAACCGAUUAUUCCAAAAUCCGCCAAAACUUUGACGUUAAUUUUCGCUUCCUCGGUUGAUGCCUGAGACAGUUUAAUUAUUUAUUGGGGUCGUAUAGACUAUAACAUAAUUUCUGAGAAUAAUGAUGAGCUCCGUAGCACGAAGAGGUCGUGGUAUUUUGGUGGUGUUCGAAGGCUGCGAUCGAAGUGGGAAAUCGACACAGUGUAGAAUGCUUGUAGAUUACUUGAAAUCGAUUGGAAGAGAUGUAGCUCAUUUGCGUUUUCCAGACAGAACAACGGCCAUAGGACAAUCUAUUAAUGAUUAUCUUCAAGGAACAACAGAGUUAGAAGAUCAUGCCAUUCAUUUACUGUUCUCUGCCAACAGAUGGGAGUCGGUACCAAGAAUAAAGCAACUAUUAGACAAUGGAACCUUUGUAGUUGUGGAUCGUUAUGCUUUUUCAGGAGUUGCUUUUACAGCAGCCAAGGGCUACGAUGUGACGUGGUGUAAGAAUCCUGAUCGGGGCUUGCCAGAUCCUGAUUUAAUAUUCUAUUUAGACAUCUCAACAAAAGAUGCACAAACUAGAGGAUCUUAUGGGGAGGAAAGAUAUGAGAAGGCUGAAUUCCAAGAACGAGUCGCUGAGAUUUAUGAACAACUUAAAAGUAAUGAUUGGAAGGUGGUAGACGCUAUGAAAGACAAAAAUGAAAUUCAUGAGGAGAUACGGAAUACUCUUCUUGAACUUGAAGAACAAUUCAGCAAGACACCAUUGAAACGUCUUUGGACAAAUGAAAGCUGAUUGGUGGCAACUAAUUUAUAUCGAUGUUGUCUUGAAGAACUUGGAGAA